UGGCUGCUUGCCAGCGCCUAAUUACAAGGACGUUUUUUUAACGAGACCAUUUUUGAGAAAACAGCCUUUCUGGCCUUGGAUCAAGCCACUGUGUAACGAGAAUAAUUAGUAACAAAAGAGUUCAAUAUUGAUUUUAAAAAAAGGGGGUGUACCCCCCCCCCCCCCUUUAUGGUUGGUUGCCAAGGCGAUCUUUGGGAUCAAAUUGGUCGGUUGGCAACAACAGAGUAUAAGGAAAAGCCAAUUUAACAAGACCAUUGUUGAGAAGAAGGACUUUCGUCGGAUCAAGCCAGUCGUGUUUCGCAUCAUCAUUUUAACUCUUGAGCUAUGGACGAGCAAGUCACAUGGGUUUUCCUCCAAUGAAUUUUGGAUUUGACUCUGAGUUUGCUUCAUUUUCCAUGUUUUCAGUGGAUACUCAACUUAAUAGGCUUGUGCAUCUGAAGAUGCUGUCUUAACGAGUAGUAGUUUCUGAGCAGUCACUACCCUUGUACAAGUACCGGUGAGCUGUAAGAUGCAUUCUUCGGUUUUUACCAUCUUUGCUUGUGUGUCGAUUACUUUUGUCGCUCACGUCGCAUCAGAGGGAUGUAGACCAUGGAAUGCAGGUCCGCCCUGUCCUUCGAAGUGGCACCAUCGGAGAGCCUCUUGCUACUUGAUCACAGAAUCCACCAUCAAGUGGUCCGACGCGAGAGCUGAGUGCGGCAACUUGGGCGGCGUUCUCGCAGUGCCGCGCUCCCAGGAAGAGCACGACUUCAUCAUGUCGUUCUUGCCGGGUUACGGGGGCCGGGCGUGGAUCGACUGCAACGAUCAGACGACCGAGGGAAUCUGGGGGUGUACAGAAGGAGGAGUGGAGGUUCAGUACAGGAAUUGGGACCGCGGACAGGCUGGGAAAAAUGCCGCUGAAGACUGCGCAGUCAUUCGGAGUGACUUGCUGGGCUGGCACGACUUUCCCUGCCAUUUUCUGAUUCCAGCGGUCUGCAAGAAGCCUGCGAUGUAAUCUACCUGCCAAGACAACUGACAAUCAACUUAAUUAUCCCAAAACCAGUAAAUAAGACUUAAAGUUUCCCUCGGUGAAGUCAGAAAUAUGAA